CAAUCCAAUUACACUUGUCCAUCCUCCCCUCAAGAUUUCGACAGCAAUGGCUGACAGCAGACGAUUGUACGCAAGGGGCCGCAUUCUUGGGCACAAGCGCGGGAAGCAUAAUGUCCGCCCCAACACUUCCCUCCUUCAAAUCGAGGGUGUUAUUUCCAAGGAGGAUACCAAGUUUUACCUUGGAAAGCGGGUUGCUUACGUUUAUACUGCAAAGACUAAGAUCGCCGGGUCACGACUCCGCGUUAUCUGGGGGCGUAUAACCAAAACACAUGGUAAUUCAGGCGUUGUAAAAUCGAAAUUCAGGCACAAUCUGCCGCCGAACAGCUUUAACAGCAGCGUGCGUGUAAUGCUCUAUCCGUCAUCCAUUUGAUUGUGGAAUUGUUCGCAACACUCUCCUUUAUGCACUCACCAUCAUGCUGUGCACCAUACCGUGUGUUUUACGCAUCCUAAUCAUAUGUUCGACAUGCCUACGACCCCGCACGAUAUCGCUUUCCCAUUAUAACUUAUUGGGUUUGAAAUACAAAUAAUGCUUAGAAUCCUC